UAGGUUAGUUAUUGGCAUUGGCUACUGACGCGACACCUCCGUUCUUCUGCGUGGCCUUUGGGCGACUAGGCAUCACCUUCCGCUUCGUCUCGGAAGCGGAAAGGGCGAUACCACUGCUAGCCAGAUGCUCCGGAGACUGAGUUGCUGCGCGCCGGCCUUGGAGACUUCGGGGCGAGCGGCGGAGCUUUGCUGAGAAGAUGCUCACCGCCGCGCAGCGAGGAGCCCUGGAGCGGAACGACUACGCGGACGAGCUGCGGAACCUACCAGAGACGCUGCCGGAGUGCGCGCCGCCCGCGAAGGCGGUGAUCCGGCGCAGCCACAACGGGCCCAGAGCCUCCGCCGGGUCUCGUUUUCCGGAGCAGAUCUACCCAGGUCACCCCCAGAACUUCACGCCGCUGCGGCCGGUGCCUGCGGGCUUCACUGCACUCGACCGGGCGGUGCGGGACGUGGCCUGGGAGAGCCGCUUCGAGCUGCUGGCCCGGCGCAUCGCGCCCCGCUAUGCAGCGGAGCCAGUGGGCACGCCGCGCCGGGAGAUGCAGGAUGGCCUGGUGGCGGGCAUCCGGGUGCGCCCGGUGCAGAACCCCUACGUGAGGUUGAAGCCUGCGAUGAAGUACCGCCUCAAUACCUGGCAGUCGCGGAACUGGAAGAACUGGUCGCCCAACUUCUGCAACGUCCGCGGGAGUCGGCGCAGGUUCCGCAUCCCCACGGACAUCGGGCCCUACAAGGACGAGCUCGGCGAGUGGCACCCGCCGCGGCUCUCGGGGCGCUACAAGGCAGACGUGGAGAAGCAGUACCUGCUGAACAGCCUGCCGUGGGUGUGGUCCGAUGACUACUACCAGGGCAAGUUGCACAUUCAUGACCGCGAGCCCCGGGGGCUGAAGCGAUGGUACAAGAGCGAGUACCGCAAGGCCCAGAUCGCUGAAGCCCUGAAGCACGCCGACACGAUGAUCGAGGACUACCGCAAGGAGCGCAGAGAGGCGAAGCGCCUGUCUUGGGUCGAGAGCAUCGUCAAGGAGUUUGCCGGGGACCAGCUGUCGGCGCCCUACGUCCGGCAGCAGAAGAAGCCAAAGAUGUGAGAACGCUGCCGGCAGGGAAAGAGCUGCGCGUCC